AACCCCUGUUUUGAUUUCUUCCCUUCCUCACCACAGAUGGUGCUUGCAAAGCGUGUCCGUAAGUUCUUCAAAUUCAGAACCCCAAUCUCUUAAAAUUUUACACGAAAAGGAUUCUCCCCCACAAACCCAUCUUUUUCUUGCUCUUUGUCUUAUUGGUUGACACCAAAGAUAUUCCCUUUCCCUUCCAUUCAUACGUCUAGAAACAGUGUCUCCACUGUUGUUUUCUUCUUUGAACUACUCAUAAAAAUCUUCCCCAUAUACCCACCUUGGGUAUUAUCAAAUACCCUUUUCUUCAUCACCCAGAUGAUUACCAAGGACUACGAGUUGUCCCGUGGAGUUGUGGAAAUGGCUUGGGUUAUGCUCAGUGUGGAUUAUUCAAGGCUUUUCUGGUUAUUGUUUGGGGUUUUCUCUUAUGAAAAUCAUGAAGGAAAGCCUCGAAUUUGUUGCAGCUCCUAGAUUAUACUUUCCAUAAUUGAAUACUAUACUUAUCCCUAUAGUCUAUAGUGCAUUAACAUAGAUUAUCUAGAGGUAUUUUACAACAAAGCUUGUGUUUUUCUACUGGAGAGAGUUGGUGGGUGCUUGGUUUUUCAGAGAUGUACAAGACCCGUGUGGGAGGAUGUGUUGAUGGAGCCAAGUCGCAGCUUGGCUACGUUGAAGUAGAUCCAUCUGGCCGCUAUGGACGUUUUAGGGAGAUUCUUGGUAAAGGAGCCAUGAAGACAGUGUAUAAAGCAUUUGAUGAGGUCCUUGGAAUGGAGGUGGCAUGGAAUCAAGUGAAGCUUAAUGAUGUCAUCAAUUCACCUGAAGAAUUGCAGCGGCUUUACUCUGAGGUUCACCUCCUCAAGAGCCUCAAUCAUGAAUCUAUCAUUCGACUCUAUGCAUCUUGGAUUGACAUUCAUCGUAGAUGUUUCAACUUCAUCACCGAAUUGGUUACCUCUGGCACCCUGAGAGUGUACAGGAAGAAGUACCAGCGGCUUGAUAUGCGAGCAAUCAAGAACUGGGCUCGCCAAAUUCUGCAUGGUCUUGCUUACUUGCAUGAACAUGAUCCUCCAAUUAUACAUAGAGACCUCAAAUGUGAUAACAUCUUUGUCAACGGUCACCUUGGACAAGUCAAGAUUGGUGAUUUUGGCUUAGCAGCUAUUCUUCGCAAUUCUCACCAUGCCCAUAGUGUAAUAGGAACACCAGAGUUUAUGGCACCGGAACUGUAUGAAGAGAAUUACAAUGAGUUAGUAGAUGUAUACUCAUUUGGUAUGUGUGUCUUGGAGAUGCUUACAUCUGAGUAUCCCUAUAGCGAGUGCUCCAACCCUGCACAAAUAUACAAGAAAGUGACUUCACGAAAGCUUCCUGAGUCAUUCUACAAAAUUCAAGAUGAGGAAGCCCAGCAAUUUGUGGGGAAAUGCAUUGAAAAUGUCUCAAAGAGGUUGCCUGCUAAAGAACUCUUGCAUGAUCCAUUUUUGGCCUCUGUUGAAGAGGAUCUGCUCCCCCUCCCUAUAGUCCCAUGUCAAAAAUUAACUCCUAAGGCAAUAGAGGCAGAGCUUGUACCUCUGGAGGUUGAUCCAACAAGGAAUACGUGUAUGUUGAUCACGGGUACAAUGGAUCCGGAAGAUGACACAAUUUUCCUCAAAGUACAGAUUUCAGACAAGGAUGGUCAUGCCCGGAACAUACACUUUCCCUUUGACAUAGUAAAUGACACUUCAAUAAGUGUUGCCUUGGAGAUGGUUAAAGAAUUGGAAAUUGAUGAUUGGGAGCCAUUGGAGAUUGCUGAAAUGAUAGAGCAGGAGGUAUCUUCUCUGGUUCCAACUUGGAAGGACUGGGGCGCAGCUCAAUUCCAUCAUCAAUACAGCUUCAACUACGAAGAAGAAGAUGGUGAUGAUACUAAACAUCCUUUCUACGCAACGUCUUCCUGUUCUUCCUCCCAAGUUUCCCUCCCAGCUUUUAUAUCUUCCUAUGAGACACAAUUUCUUCAUGGAAAUAAUGCAGCUUCUGGCCAAAAUUGUCCUCAAGAAGCAGAUCUAUUGAGCAAUGAUGAUUCUAGUUCCCAUAGCUCCUUGAACUCCUUCGGGUACUCUUGCAUGAGUUACGAAAAUGAUUCUGAUUUAAGUUUCAAACAAGAGUCCCCUUUUAAAGCAAAGACCAUGAAAUCCUCAAGAUUCUGUCCUGAAGAGAGCAAGAGUCCUAAUCAAUGCAAACAACUGGACUUACAGAAUCCCUCUCACGCUAAUGACAAACAGAAGCUAACUAGAAUUCGGUCACUCGUUGAUGUACGUGGCCAAUCACUACGCAGGUCAUUGAUGGAGAUAUGCAAGAGGCGCUUGUUUAAGACUGUUGGAGCCGUUGAGAACAUAGGAUUUCAGGAGCCAGCUGGGGUUUCAGGCAAGAAGUCUAUGCGCAGCCAUCUGAAUGGAAAGAUUUCAAGAUCAUGACGAAAAAGUCGAGAUUUAAAUGGUGAAGAAUGUCCCAUUGAUCUCCUAGUUUUCACAAUAUAUUUGUUUUGAGGUGCCAUUUUUUUUUUAGAUAUUUUGGUGGUGUGGUUUAAGUGAUGCCUUGCUUGUACAAAGUUUGAACACGUAAUAAAAUGCAGAGGCAAACCUCAUUCUAAUGUUAAUUUGUUAUGGCAUAUGCCAACAAUUAUUUUUUAUCAUUGACUAGUUAUGUUACCUGGACUCACUCUCUUUU